UGAAGGAUUUGUUUUUGUCUUUAGCUGACGUCAAGUGAGCAAAAAAAACUUAAAUCAGCCCUUUUUUAAAAAAAAACUCCACUUGAAAGUACCCUGGAAUAAUGGAAUCCAGCUGUUCGCUGCCAUCGAGUUGAUAAGUGAGAUCGCUGGGUCGGGGCACGGUGGAGAGAGAAGGGAGUGCUUUGGAUCGGAAUGUGGAAGCCACUGUGUGAUUAUCUGGUGGAAAUGCUGGCACAUCAGGGUCCCCGCACUGCGUGGUAGAAGCGGCGGCUGCGAGCGAGUCAGCGCGGAGAAGCCCAGUGUGUGUCUUGUCUGCUCUGCCCCAACAGCGCUCACACACUGCACCCCUCAAAUGUCCCUGUCAUUAGCACUCCUGCUAAUAUCGGCUCUCAACUUCCGCCAUCAUGGAUCGGAAGCCCAAAUCAACAAGUUCCAGCCCUCAAGUAACAAGGAACCGAACGGAGUACAUGAUCAUCAGCAUGAAAAAAUUAUUACAAUAUCGGAGGAUGGAUUUGUGCAGAGUCCACGAUUUCCUCAGAGUUACCCUCGGGAUGUGGUGCUGGUGUGGAGACUAAUAGCAGCUGAUGAGAAUAUGCAAAUACAGCUCACCUUCGAUGAAAGGUUUGGACUUGAGGAACCCGAGAAUGGACUGUGCAAGUUUGAUUUUGUGGAAAUUGAAGAUUUAAGCGAUGGCACCAUUAUUGGACGGUGGUGUGGUACCAAUGAAGUUCCAGGAAUGCAAAUAUCAAAGGCAAACCAAGUCAGGAUACGAUUUCGAUCCGAUGAGUAUCUGGCAUCAAAACCAGGCUUCUGCAUUUACUAUUCACUUUUAGAAACUCCUAAACUGAACAGAAACAAGCUUCUGAAGGCAACUACAUUCAAAACGGCCCACUUUGAAAGCCCAACAAUAGCACCACCGUCUCUAUCCUUGGAUAGCUUAAAUGAGGCUGUCUCAGGCUUUGAUACGGUUGAAGAGCUGAUCAAGUACUUGGAACCAGAGCGAUGGCAACUUGACUUGGAAGACUUGUACAAACCAACCUGGCAGAUGCUUGGAAAGGCUUUUGUGCAUGGUAGAAAAUCCAGAGUGGAUCUGAACUUGCUCAAAGAAGAGGUGAAGCUCUAUAGUUGCACACCACGUAAUACAUCAGUGUCUCUGCGAGAGGAACUCAAACGGACCGAUACUAUCUACUGGCCUGGCUGUCUACUGGUGAAGCGCUGUGGAGGCAACUGUGCAUGCUGCUCACUUGGUUGCCAAGAUUGUCAGUGUAUCCCCAUCAAAGUCUCUAAAAAAUACCAUGAGGUUCUUCAGCUACGAUAUAGGAGCCCUGGGAAACCACUGCAGAAAUCUCUUGCAGACGUGGGACUGGAGCACCAUGAAGAAUGCAGCUGUGUAUGUAAAGGAAAAACAGGAGGUUAAAUCAGUUUGGUCUUUAAAAGCAUUUACCUUACAGAGAAUUAAACCUUAGAGCAAUGGGGCCCUUUGUGCAUAUCUUUCUUAGAAAUCACAGUCAUCUCAAUUUUUGAUUUUCCACUUCCUAACUUUUUAAUGGACCUUGGGUAAGAUCGGCUCUCCUGGCUAUGAAUGGAACUGCAAAAUAUUUAUACAGGGGAAGAGUUCGGCAGCCGAAUGAAGUUUGAAUUGCUAGAUGACAGCAAAGAAAAUGGCUCUUGCAUUGCACAUCAGGUUCCCUUUCUCUCUUUCGUCUUUGGAAGAAUAAAAAUGUAAUUUAGUUCACUGUUCCAGUUCUGAAUCCAGUAAAAGUUCAGAAAAUAUUGUUCAGGAAAAACACUUCAUCUGGAGUCACUUACUGUUUACAUCAUUAACCUUGUGAGUUAUAGUAUUUCUAGCAAUGUUGCUGAAAACCUCCAAGAAACUCAGUUUGUUUUGUGCCGCUUCAUCUUCGAGUGACAUCAUGUUUUAUGAGCAUUAAACUUCUUCUCCUCCUCUGUGCACAAUUUUUAAAAGAUUUGUCCCUCUGCGACUUCAGCUGCAAUGUCCCAUCACAAGUAUCCCAGUGAGGAAUAUGUUGGGUAAAUACAGAAUUUGAUGAGAUUGAAGACUUACUUUGAUAGACUUUUUCUGAGGGCAUUGCCUGAAAGUGUGUACAUUUUUAAAAUCUUCUCAUUUAGGCUAAUGUGGCUUAAGCUUCUUUUUAUAUCACAUUGAAUGUAUCUAUUUUGUACCAAACUUAUUUAAGAAUUUAGCUUUUCAGUUUUUCAUGAUUUACAAUACUUUGCAAAAAAGGGAAAUGGGUUGAUGUGAUUAAAAGCACAGCCAUAUCAUUGCACUGUUCGGGUUGGUGCUUUGUAUGGAAGCUACUGUUCCAAAGAUCGUACUAACCAGAACUUCUACUCAGUUGUUGACUUUGUUCAUAAAAUAGUUGUAUCUGUAUUUUAGUUCAAUCCCAUUUUUCUUGUCUUCAUUGCAAAGGCAUAAAAAUGAGAAAAUAUAUUGACUUACAAUUGACAUGUAUUCACUCAGUGUCAACAGUCAGUUACUAACCAAGCUGGUAAAUGAUGAUCAUUUAACCAGAGCAACUGGAUUAUUAAAAUGUUCAUUACAAAAAAAAACAAGUUCUUUUGAAAAUUGGAGACAUUUUUCAAUUAAAAAUCCACGUUCAACAAUUCUAUAGCAUUCUAUUUUCAAACAAAACAAAACUGCAUCACCUGAAUCUGUCACACAUUGAUAUUUAUUUAAUUUUAAAUUAAAUGUUAAAAACUCACGUAUAUCAGCUAAUGUAGCAGAAACUAGAACUGUAAAAGUUACAAAUAUUUCUAUAUGUUAUUCUUGAUUCUUGGCCACAGAGCAUCAAUUAACUGCAUAUUUAUUCUGUAUAUAGUGCUGUAAUGACCUUGAUUUUCAUUUGAAAUGCAAAACCCAAUCUCUCGUAGGAACAACGUGGGAAAAAAUAAUCUGUGCUUUCAUCAAACAAAACAAGAGAUAGACAUCAGACUUUAUUCGGAACGUCAACAACCCUUGUAAAAAUCUA